CAACCUUGAAACUGAUCAUAACAAAAUGGCAAUAAUAUCAACAACAAACGCAGAUCAAUGGGCUGAUAAGAAAAAGUCAACUUUGAAAAUGGUGGGAGAAUAUUUUGAUCUGUGCAUACGCAUUUGCCUUGUAGUUUUUUGCGCAAAUUUCGUUGGUCGUUUGUUCAAUGGGAUUAUCGAAUACUUUGUAAAUGAAAAGUAUUACUUGCCUGAAAAUAAGCUAAGCACAAUCUGUGAACGUGUUUACACAUACAAUACUAAAACGAAAAUUUUUGCAUUAACAUUGGCAUUAUCGGGAUUUGCGCGAUUCGGUUUCACCGGAAAUGUAGCGAAUUUGUUGCCAAACUCAGUUUACUUCGCCUGUAUGCCGCUUUAUUGGAUCUUUACUUGGAGCCAAGUGACUCACAGUCCGUUGGACUAUGCAGAAUGGAUAAGAGAACCACACGGUUUGGAUUAUGCUGCUGGCAUGGCAUCGAAUUAUUUCCAUGGCUAUUUGAAAAUUGCGCUACCUGAGCACAACGGCGAUGGACUGAAAAAACGCAUGCAAAUCUAUGAGGACACCCACCAAGUCACCUUUGGCAUAAAUCGUUUGAUCAUACUGAUACCAGAUAAUAUGUUCGUUAAGGGUGUAAUAGAAAGCCCCUUGUUAGAACAGGUCGCGCCUUUGGAGACCCGAUUUAUAAACCGCGCUGGCGUCAAUCGACCGUUCAAACAUGCAGUCUAUAGACUGACACAGUCAAUAAAUGGUAAAAUAUAUUAUUUUGCCAUAGAAGGUGCCACACCAAUGUUGUCAUUCUUUGAUGCCAUGAACUCUCAAACUUCCACGACAAAGCAAAUGAGGGAAAUGAAACGCGAAAUCUGGCUAAAAUUUGCUAAACACUUAAGGGAGCUUAUCAAAGGCUGGCCGGAAACUGAAGAUGAAGUGGAGAUGAUUGUUUACGAUUCUCGCAAAGAUGUAGGCAAAGUGAUUUAUGCGCACUUUCUAAAUAAAACUUCGUUGAAAUAACUACAUUUGUUAAGGAAAUAGUAAUAACUAAUAUUUGUUAUAAAUGACUAUUAUUA